AUGCCUAGCAUAGGUGCUGCUAGCCCAUUUCUCAGCAACCAGAAUGUUUUGGCUUCUUCCGUUUUCAGCACAGUGAUGGAAAACUCAGCCUCUUCUAGUACUGGUAGCAGUCCACCCAAUAGCAUCUUCUGUUCCAAAUACGAAAUACAUACUGAUUCUGAGAAAAAAAUCAUGAGUGGUGCUGGCAAAGACCACGUGGAAAACGUUCUGGAAGAAUACUUGCAGAAAGGUAGAGAUGUGCAGAAGAGGCUGAAUGAAACCACUGAGCUACAUGAGCCACAGAAGAUCAAUUUAAGACUGAUCAUUGCUGAUCUGCAAACCAAACUGAUGGAAGUGCAAUUGGAAAGAGAUGCGCUUCAGGAGACCAGACAACAAGAAUCCCAGAGCCAAGAGAAUGUAAAAAUACAGCUAAAAAAUACUAUUCAAGAGCUGGAAGCUGCCAACCAGCUGCAGGAAGAGAUGCUGAGGGAAGCUGACAGCCAAACUGAGCAUCUGAAAAAGGUGGUACACAGCCACGAGGAAGUACUUCUGGAACUACGUGGCAUCCUAAUGGACUACGAAGACAGCACAGGCAAGAAACUCUAUGAGCAUGAGAAUAUUACUAGCCUACAUAUCCACAACCUGAGCACAGCAUUUGCUGACGUCUUGCAAGAUUUAGACUCAGAGGUGUCAUACCUCAAAGAAAAGCUUGUCCUGGUGGAAGAAGAACUUGAGUUAUUGAAAAAAGAUUCACAGACCCAAAAACAACUUCUGCUUCAGCAACAUCAAAAUAGGAUUGAGCAGCUAAUAUGUGAGCAUGAACAGGAGGUGGCAGCACUAACUGAUAAAGCUAACAGUGCACGCAGCUAUGCAAAUAGUAUCCAAAGCCAGAUGGAGAUCAUUCAAGAGCAAACAAGAAACCAAAAUUCGGUGCAUGCACAUCAAGUGAGUCACCUGGAAUCUACAGUUUCUCAGCUGCAUUCUGAAUUACGAGAAGCUAAGAGGAUGUAUGAAGACAAGGUCAAAGAUCUUGAGAAGCAGUUGCACCUAGCUCAUUCUGAGAUAGCAGAAGCUCAGACAGAACAGGAUCAACGCAACCAAGAAUCUGGAAAUCUGAAUGACCGGAUUCAUCAAUUGUUGACCGAACUUCAUAAAAAAGAGAUAGAACUAAGUCUAGAAAAAGAGCAGAACAAGCGAUUUUGGGAUCAGAACACAGACAACAGCAUCACCAUUGACCAUCUAAGGAGAGAACUAGACAACAAAAACAUGCAAUUGGAGCGCAUGGAAAACUCGGUGAAAGAAAUGAGGACUGAAUGUCACAGACAAAUGGAGCACCAGGUGGCUGCAAUUAAGGAAAAAAAUGAAAGCAUUAGAAGAAUCUCCUCUUUGACUGUCCAACUGGAGGCAACCAAGGAAACGCUCCGUAAAGUUAAAGAUGAUCUUACAGCCAAACAGAUCGAUUUGGAGACUGCUGAGAAAACAGUGUCAAAUCUGACAGCCCGUCUGCAGGAGAAGGAGAGAGUCCUUGAGGUUACCGAUAAGGAAAUCAAGAAGCUACAUUUACAACUUGGCAAUAGGAUGCAGGAGCUCCAGCAUCUAAAGAACGAAGAGGGCUGUUUACACAACGUGCAGUCCGAGUGUGAAACACUGAAACUGCAGCUGUUAGAGAAGGAACGGAUUGUUGAGAUCUUCCAAAAGCAGAUUGAUAACAUGACCCAGAUUGUGGGCCAGCACAGUCGAACUGCUGGAGCAAUGGAAGUUGAGAAAUCGCAGCUUACAAAAGAAAUGAAUGACUGGAAACUUAAAGUAGAAGAACUUAAGAUUGCAAAGGAUGAGAAAGAAGCCAGAAUACAUGAAAUGGAGGCCAGACUGAGUGAGCUGGAACGGGAAAAGGUUAAACUGGUAAACACAUGCAGUGAGAGGCUCCAUGCACUUAAUGAUAUGAAGCUGGAAAAGGACCAGCUAAUGAAUGAACUCCAAGCCGGUCGGAGUGAGCUAGCUGGCCUUGCAGAAGGAUUUGAAGAUUUGAAGAGGGAUUACCGGGAUAAAAUCAAGGAGAUGGAAAAUACUGCAAACAGACUGAAAAUGCAGGUGAAAUCUGCCCAAGGUGAACUGGAGCGGACCAGGACUGCUCUAAAGACUGUGGAGGGAUCUGAUGGCCAUGCUGUGAAAGUUGCAGUGGGAAUGCAGAAGCAGAUCACAGCCAAGAGAGGACAGAUAGAUGCAUUACAAAGCAAGAUUAAAUUCUUGGAAGAGGCAAUGACAAAUGCAGCUAAGGAGAAGCGUUACCUCAAAGAAGAAAAUAGUAAUCUAAGUCAAGAGUUGAGCUAUAUUACAGCAGAAAAUACCAAGAUUGCUGGGGAACUGGAGAUCCUGAGAUCACAAGACAAACGUCUGAAAGAAAAAAUACCUAAGAUGGAAACAGCCCUUGAUAAGGCAUCCAUGCAAUUUGCAGAAUGUCAGUGCAUAAUCCAGUGUCAGGAACAAGAAGCUAUGCGCUUCAGACUGCAGCAUACUUUAGAUGUGAAAGAGCUGCAGGGCCCAGGCUACUCCUCAGCUUCUGCUUCAGGCAAGCUGCGGCACAUGGCCCCUCUUUCCCACCUGCACUCUGCUGUCCUGCCACCUUCCCUGAACUUGCCCAGCUGCGCCCCUCAUAUGCCUUCCAAGCCAGGCAUUUUGAAGGAGGAACCACUGCAGGAUCUAAAGAGGAUUCUUCAAGAUUUAACAAGCUCAGACAAUGACAUUCCCGCUGUGGAUCUUGGCAAGGAUGACAGCAAUGGUCGGAGAAAAUCACCUUUAGCAACCAUGAGGAAUACAGUGGAGACUGCAGCUAGAGACUCUGCUACCGAAAGCAUCACGGAAAAGGAUACUUUCAGAUGGGAUCCAUCUGGCUUACAUACUGCAGAUCUUCAGUCCCAAGACCUUACCCUGCCCUUUACAUCCCUUGGAAGUACAUCCAUCUUCUCAGCAUCUUCCCCCAAGAAGGUCUCUCAGGAGAGAUACAGAGGAAGGUCUCCGGUACACUUACUGUUAACUGCUCUGCCCGAUGACCUCGCAGCUGGCCCCAGCACCUCACCAGAGCAUGGACUAUCCGCAAGGAAGGUUGACUCUCCGGAGAGUGCAGCCACAGUCCCCCAGAGAACAUCUCAGCCCCUGGACACUAGUGACAAUACACGUAGGAGGCUACAGAACAAGAUGGGAAGCCUGCAAAAUGUGGUGGAAUCAUUACAGAUGAAAACACAAGCCAUGUUAUCAAUGAUCAGAACUCAGGAAAGGAAGGCAGUGAAAGCAAAAGAAAAGGAGAAAAAGCUAUCAAAGUGA